AUGCCCGACGCAAGUGUCAAGCGCUGGGUCAAGAUCAUCACCCACCAGAAGCCCAUCGAUGGCCCGUCACCAGUCGAGGGCUUCCCCAUGCGCUCAUGGAACAUCGAGAUCUGGCUGCUGGACGACCAGGGCAAAGAGAUCCUGCCCACCGUCUACGAGAAGGCCGUCUACAACCUGCACCCUUCGUUCGACAAGAACAAGCAGGUCUUCAAGAAGCCGCCCUUCCGCAUCGACGAGCAGGGAUGGGGAGAGUUCGACAUGAACAUUGUCCUCACUGCUGUGCACAAGGGAGGCGAACACACACUCAGCCACGACCUGAACUUCCAGUCUGAGCGCUACGAGGCCAAGCACCAAGUCACGUUCCGCAACCCCAAGCCCGAGCUCCUCGCUCUCCUCCAAGACUCCGGUUCUGCCGACGCAAACGGCGUCCGCAGCAAAGACGCGUCCAAGAAGAAGAGCCGACGCGACAAGGCCGUCGACAUGGAGAAGCUGGCCGACGGACUGCAAAAGCUGAGCGAGGAUGACUUGCUGCACGUCGUAACCAUGGUCCACGACAACAAGACCAGCGAAACCUACACCAAGAACGAUGUGGAGAACGGAGAGUUCCACGUCGAUCUGUACACCCUGCCCGACACGCUUGUCAAGAUGCUGUGGGACUUCACAGCGAGCAAGACAGAGUUAUAA